UUCUCUCUUUUGUACACAAAUUAUCUCUACAUUUCUGUUCUAAUCCUCUGUUUUAAUCCACAGCUUAAUUAUGGAGAUCCAUCUCCUGCGUAUUUUCGCUUUUCUUGCUCUUGCACUGGUGACGAGCCAUGCUGCUCUGGCUCCUGAAGAAUACUGGAAAUCUGUUCUGCCAAACACUCCGAUGCCUAAAUCUGUUAGUGAUCUUCUACACGAAGAUCUGAUAGACGGGAAGAGCACUUCCGUUGAUGUGGGGAAGGGCGGCGUUCAUGUUGACGCCGGAAAAGGGAAGCCUGGCGGCACUUCCGUUAAUGUAGGGAAGGGUGGCGUCGGAGUUGAUACUGGAAAAGGAAAGCCCGGGGGCACCAGUGUCGGUGUUGGCAAAGGAGGAGUAUCUGUGCACGCAGGCGACAAGGGAAAGAAGCCUGUGAUUGUCAAGGUAAAUCCAGGUUCGUCCUUCGUUUAUCAUUAUGCUGCCACGGAGGAUCAACUCCAUGAUAACCCCAACGUAGCUCUUUUCUUCCUGGAAAAGAGCAUGCAUCCCGGCGCAGAAAUGAACCUGCACUUCACCAAAAGCUCAGAGACGGCGGCGUUUUUGCCCCGACGUGUUUCAGAAUCAAUACCCUUCUCAUCCAACAAGAUGCCAGAAAUUCUGAACCGGUUUUCUGUGAAACCCGGUUCAACGGAAGCUGAGCUAAUGGAGCAAACAAUCAAAGAAUGCGAAGAACCGGGCAUUAGAGGGGAGGAAAAGUACUGCGCAACAUCGUUAGAAUCAAUGGUGGAUUUCAGCACUUCAAAGCUCGGCAAAGACGUGAACGCAAUCUCCACAGAGGUGGGAAAAGAGACCCAGUUGCAGAAAUACACCAUAGCUCCACGGUUGAAGAAGAUGGGAGGAAAGAAAGCUGUUGUGUGCCACAAGCAAAGCUACGCAUAUGCGGUGUUUUACUGCCACUCGACGGAGACGACGAGGGCUUAUGUUGUGCCGCUGAAGGGGGCCGACGGGAGCAAAGCUAAAGCGGUGGCGAUCUGCCAUACCGACACGUCAGCGUGGAACCCGAAUCAUUUGGCUUUCCAAGUGCUGAAGGUGAAGCCGGGGAGUGUUCCGGUGUGCCAUUUCCUUCCUGAGGAUCAUAUUGUGUGGACGAAGAACUAGAUCGUCGCUUGUGUUUGAAAUUAACGAUAUUAUAUUAUAUAUGUACUUUCCAUAUAAAUCCCGCUGCAUUUUGCUACACUACAUGUUUAAUUAAAUAAUAUUCUAUAUAUGUACUUGUGUACGACGACGUAUAUUUUAGUCGUUAUUCGUUAAUAAAUACAUCCUUAGGCUUUAUUACGCCA